CCAGUUGCGUGGAUAUCAUAAGCCGCGCUCGUCGCCUACCGCUCAUUCCGCCGCGAGCUGCCGGCCACGCCGCACGUACGUCGCGACAAUGAUCGAUUACGCGCUCCCCCAUCAAAAUAUGCAUUACGAUCCGUACUACCCAUCUACUUCACCGGCGCCCGCGCGCCUUGACGAUUUCCAAGUUUUCAAGAAAGGAACUGCUUCUCACAUCUACGGAAAUUAUUAUUCUAACGCGCCCUACGACUUGUACCCAGAGCCCGAGAUUGACAGCGCCAUGAACGUGUACCACAACCUCGUCAGCUGUCGCGACUACCCUCGCGAUACCCGAGAUGACUGGAAGUACAAAGUCGUGGACACCUGGAAUGAAGAUGAUACCGUGUCCUGGAUGAUUGACACCGUCCAGUACUUGGGCCAUUGUGAAACUGAAAUACCCUUCUACAAUUUUAGAGUUAAAGGAUUUGAUCUGAGAAAUAUGAAACGUGAGGAUGUGCUCAAUAGAAUGCUUCACCCGAGCAUCGACCACAUAACUUCGAGACGGAUUGCGGAUAGUGUGUAUGAGAAGCUGCAGAACCGUCUCCACGAAGAAAUAUUACGCCAGUCCUCCAUAAUCAAAUAUGCAGACGUCGAUCCGUACCAUAGCCAAGAGUCCACAAACACGAUGCUCGACUUGGAUUCCCUGGACCACAAGAACAGACUGUACACCUCCGACUACACCCCUAACGACAGUACUCUCCUGCAUCAAACUGACUCCAGCGAUGACACGGAGGACGUGUUCCGUUCCUCGGAGACUGCGUCCCCGGAGUGCUCGUACGGCAGUGAUGGAAGCAAAUCUGGAGACGAAGAUGACAAAAGGAAAAUAUUCAAAAGACCGCCCGGCAGGCCGAAGGGCAGUGGCCGAAGACCGAUGAAGCGUCCAAGGAGUGUGUCCGUGCCGGAGUUCCUGAGGAACUUGCUGCUGGAUUCCAAGUACUGCCCGUCAAUCAUCAAAUGGGAGGAUCACUCUCAGGGAAAGUUUAGGUUCGUGAAGCCAGACGAAGUGGCGAAACUGUGGGGCCACAUGAAGCAGAACGAGAACAUGACGUUCGAGAAGUUCAGCAGAGCCAUGAGGUACCACUACCGACAGAUGGUGCUGGUGUCCGUGCCCACGGCGCGCCUCGUCUACCAGUUCGGCCACAAGGGACCCGACUUCAAGACCGACAACCCUAACUUUGUCAAAGUGAAAUCAGAAAAUGUUACCGAUAUGUCUUAUUCUUAGUUUAAAUUAAGAAAGUAUUAGGUUAAAAUUUGUUGAAAGUCGAUGCUCAGAGUAAGAUAAACAGUGAUAUGAUGAUGGUUACGUAUAGUAUCUAGAGUCUUGUCCUUGGAGGUUUAGGAGAAAUACGAAAUACAGUAAUUAGGUAAGUUCGAGCAGACAAGUCGAGAUGAUAGCUGGUCACAGUUUGAUGGCAGUAACAGCAGAGGAAAUGUUUGUUAAUGUGUGUCUAUUCAAUAAUAGUGUCAAUUGAUUUUUGCAAAAAGUCAUCGUUCCACCCAAGGGCAUUAUUGAAAUGAAUAGUUAUAAUCAGGUUAUUUGGAUGAAGUGGGAUCACCUCCAAGCUUGGAUGGUCAUUAGAUUGUCUUGGAACACUCUAACGACUAUUAUUUAAGUUCAACUUUACUUCAAGUUGACAACAUGGUUGACGUACCGAGCCAUGAUGGCCGCGUACGGUUGUUGUUGAGAUCAAGGGCUGAAAUAUUUAAAUUAGAUUUUAGUCAUGAUCGUGUUCUUUAUACGUAAUUUUUCUUAUGAUGUCUUUGUAUUAAUAAAUACGUAAUGUUUAACAAAUGUUUUAAUGUUAUAGUCUAAAUAUUGCUAGCAAAAGUCGAGCACGGCUUGCCACUUGGAGGUGGUCUCGAAGUUAAGUGUUUUGAAAGUUAUAUGAAUGUACUUUAGCUAAGAUAGGCUCAAUGUUUGAAUCGAAAUAGUUUCAAUGGUUGUACUCGUGGAUGUUGGAUCAAUUACUUGUUGGGUAUACUGUGUAUUGGUUGGAUACCGAUCGGUUGGAUUGUGCCGUCAAUUAACUCGUACCGACGAUGUGUCGGUAUGUCCAUAUUAUUUUUUUAAGUAAUUUUAUUAGUAUUUUAUUCUCGAUGUACGUUUGUACUGUCGAACAAAAAUUUUGAUGGUUGUUUAUGUAGGAACAUUACGAAUUUUUGAUAAAGUAUUUUUAAUUGUUGUUACCGUAUGAUACGUGUGUGUAAUGCGUAGAUGUUAUGAUAUUGCGAACAUUCCAAUUAAUUUAUAAAUAGUUCUAAGUUGUUUAGUGUCCACUUACUUCAUAGUAAACUUAAGCAUAUUUCAAGUUGCCAUAAUUAUGUAUUUGUAUACGUAAAACGAUAAUGUACUUAAUUUCAUAGUUUCUUUGAAUUCAUGUCAUUUCUCAAACUCUAAUAUGUCAUCGUAAGAUUCAUCUCUAAUUGUAAUUUAAAUAAAUUUUAUACUGUUAUUUAAAAUUCCCGUCUCAGUGUUAGUUUAAAAUUAAAAAUCUUAAGAUUAAAAAAGCGCGUUCGUGCAAAUAAAAAUAAAAUGACAAAAAAGAUCUGCAGGCCAAAGAUUAGUUUUGAUGGAAAAGAUUUUUUAAUUUAAGAUUUUAAAAGUAAAAGUAUCAUGUUUUUGACAAUUUAAUUUUAAUAUUUUCUAGUAUUUAAGUUUGCGACUCUCAGGCACACGCUGUGAUGUAAGAUAAAUUGAACAUUGUUUUUCUGUAAAUAGUUCCUUUCAGCCGUCACCUAACUAUCCAGUACCGCAAUGUUAUGUACAUAGCCAUAUAUUUUACCUAUGUAUACACAGAUAUAUAGUAAUAUAUUAACUUCAUUCUUCAACCAAAACUAAUAUAUUUAUUAAAGUAACAGAUAAUAUAGUAAUUUAUAAAAUAAGAUUGAUUUUACCAUAAUUAUAUUUAUUCAUGUAUCUUAAUAUAAAGUGACAGUACAAAGCCUGUGUCUUAACAGAACAACGAUUUUAACUCUCUUCACAAUAGUAUUUAGGUUCAUUUUGAAAUGUAUUAAGAUCUAAGUUAUGGCUAGUCUGUUGUAGUGGAACUUGAUACUUUACAUAAUAUUAAUGUGGAACUACUUUGGGGAACAAUGUACUAUCGGCAAAGAGUGCGGUAACCUGUGGAAAACUUGCUAUCUACUGGGCGUUUUCCCUUUGGUCGCUCGCGCUUAGUGCAUGCGAAUAUCACCUUAUAGUUGUCCGCUAACUUUGUCGAUUGUACCUACUCAUGUUACAUAAUAUUAUAUGUAUUCAAUAGUUAUAGGUAUCUUAUUUAAUCUAUUGGUUUGAUUUAGUUAUUUUUUUAAUUUUCAAAGAUGUUUUUAAUGAGCAUCGAAUUUAAGUACAAUAGUUUAAAAGCAUUUACUUGUAGCCAGUCCACAAUAUAUAUAAUUACGUUUAUGUAAUAUAUUGUAGUUUUCUCUAUAUAAGAUAUGUCGGCCAUGUCAUAUUCUCAAAGUAUUCCAUUUUUAAUAGUUUGUAAGUUACAAAGGUGCAUAAUUCCAGUUAUUAAGUAUUUAUAGGUGUUAAACAAUUUUGUUUCGUAUUAUGUUCAUGAUAAGAUUACAUUUUCUUUAUUUCUUAGUAAACUGUAGAUGUAUAAUUAUUGUGCAAUUGAUGAAAAGACAGAUUUUAUGUAUUAUUUCUUAAUAGUUAUGUGAAAAUAAGAAGAGAAAUAUACGAUUUAUGAAUGUGAAAUAA